AUGCCCGUCCUCGUCCGACGUCCCUCCCUCCCCUCAUCAGUUCUGCCGAAACUCGGGCGGUCGUUGACCAACUCGGACCUCUCGUCGGACAAGCUCCUCUCGCUUAUCGAGCACCUGCGCCUACUCUACGCACCGGCAGACGACCGCGCACACCCGACAGAGGAGGAGGCGCACGAGGCGCCCUUCUCGCACGAGGUUGAGGAGGAUGACACCGUCGAUCCGCUGUGGGCGCAGGACGCCUUCGAGCGGACAUGGACGGUCAACUGGCUGAACAUGGUGGUACGGAGAGGGGAGGACUGGAUUCAGGAGGCGCAGGAUGAGGGGAACGACGCCGAGAAGCAGCUGCGGGUACGAAUCGUUGACGAGGCGGCUGGACUCGUCUCGCUCUUGACUGCGACUUCGGAGGGCGGCGCCAUCCUUCGACCUCUUCUCCUACCCACCUGUCCUCCCGACGCGGAAACACAGACCGAACCGCUCCUGAUCACCCUGAACGACGCUCUCCCCUCUUCUCUCGACCCUACAUCCGUCGGCCUCCAGUCUUGGGGGUCGUCCAUCAUCCUCGCGCGCAUGAUCGCUCUCGACCCGAUCGGUUUCGGGCUGGGCGUGCCGAACCACCGCGCUCUCGAGCUGGGCGCAGGAACUGGCCUCCUGAGUCUCGUCUGGAAGGGCAUGAGCGAGCGCCUCGGCGCGCCGUGCGAGGUCUUUGCGACAGACUACCACGACGGCGUCCUCGAGAACCUGCGACGGAAUGUCGAGGCCAAUUCGGCUGCCAUCACGCCCGUCCAGUCUCCCGCCGCCUCCCCGCCCCUCAAGCCUUCAGCAUACUCUUCCUCGUCUUCUCUCGCCUCUUCGAACUCGUCUCUCCCCGUCCAGGCGCACAAGCUCGACUGGUCCGCUGUCCACUCUUCCCGCUCAUUUGCCUCCGCCAAUCCCGGUCAGCCGAUGGAGAUCAGCAUGCCUCCGCCCUUCGACAAGCCGUUCCACACCCUUCUGGCUGCCGACGUCGUCUACGGCCCAACUCAUGCUUCGUGGCUCAAGAGCUGCGUCGAGCAGUUCCUCGUCAAGCCUGAUGCGGUCGAGCAGAAGGAGGCGGUCAACAAGCUGCCAGAGGAAAUGGCGAGUCUCUCGCUCGGGGACGCGAAGAUGCCUCUUCCCGAGCGACCGGCGCUGCACUCGACCGAAUCAGCCGCAGCUGUCGAGUCGACCCCCACGCAUGUCGCUACAACUACCACGACAAGCACGGAGCCGACCGCCGUCUUCCGCCCGGCCUUCCACCUCAUCGUCCCGCUCCGCCCUACACACGCCGAGGCGAUCGCGAGCAUCAAGGAAGUCUUUCCGAAGAAGGAGGACCUGCCUGAGCGGAAAGAGGGCGAGCCGUGGCGCGUCGCAGUUGAGACGAUUACCGAGAUUGAGCGGGUGCAGGGGGUCGGACGCGCGGACGAGGAGAACUACAGGCUCUACCGAAUCGGGUGGUGCUGA